AUGAUUAAGGUUGCUGGGUAUGUUGGGUAUGUUGAGUAUGUUGAGUAUGUUGGGUAUGUUGAGUAUGUUGAGUAUGUUGGGAGACGGCCUCCGGGGGUCGUGGGGCGGGAGACGGCCUCCGGGGGUCGUGGAGCAGGAGACGGCCUCCAGGGGUCGUGGGGCAGGAGACGGCCUCCGGGGGUCGUGGGGCAGGAGACGGCCUCCAGGGGGUCGUGGAGCAGGAGACGGCCUCCUGGGGUCGUGGGGCUGGAGACGGCCUCCGGGGGUCGUGGGCAGGAGACGGCCUCCAGGGGUCGUAGAGCAGGAGACGGCCUCCAGGGGGUCGUGGAGCAGGAGACGGCCUCCGGGGGUCGUGGUGCAGGAGACGGCCUCCAGGGGUCGUGGAGCAGGAGACGGCCUCCAGGGGGUCGUGGUGCAGGAGACGGCCUCCAGGGGUCGUGGAGCAGGAGACGGCCUCCGGGGGUCGUGGGGCAGGAGACGGCCUCCAGGGGUCGUGGAGCAGGAGACGGCCUCCAGGGGUCGUGGAGCAGGAGACGGCCUCCGGGGGUCGUGGAGCAGGAGACGGCCUCCUGGGGUCGUGGUGCAGGAGACGGCCUCCGGGGGUCGUGGAGCAGGAGACGGCCUCCAGGGGUCGUGGAGCAGGAGACGGCCUCCGGGGGUCAUAGAGCAGGAGACGGCCUCCAGGGGUCGUGGAGCAGGAGACGGCCUCCAGGGGUCGUGGAGCAGGAGACGGCCUCCAGGGGUCGUGGAGCAGGAGACGGCCUCCGGGGGUCGUGGGGCAGGAGACGGCCUCCAGGGGUCGUGGAGCAGGAGACGGCCUCCGGGGGUCGUGGAGCAGGAGACGGCCUCCAGGGGUCGUGGAGCAGGAGACGGCCUCCGGGGGUCAUAGAGCAGGAGACGGCCUCCAGGGGUCGUGGAGCAGGAGACGGCCUCCAGGGGUCGUGGAGACGGCCUCCAGGGGUCGUGGUGCAGGAGACGGCCUCCAGGGGUCGUGGAGCAGGAGACGGCCUCCGGGGGUCGUGGAGCGGGAGACGGCCUCCAGGGGUCGUGGAGCAGGAGACGGCCUCCAGGGGUCGUGGAGCAGGAGACGGCCUCCGGGGGUCGUGGAGCGGGAGACGGCCUCCAGGGGUCGUGGAGCAGGAGACGGCCUCCAGGGGUCGUGGUGCAGGAGACGGCCUCCAGGGGUCGUGGUGCAGGAGACGGCCUCCAGGGGUCGUGGAGCAGGAGACGGCCUCCGGGGUCGUGGAGCGGGAGACGGCCUCCAGGGGUCGUGGAGCAGGAGACGGCCUCCAGGGGUCGUGGAGCAGGAGACGGCCUCCGGGGGUCGUGGAGCGGGAGACGGCCUCCAGGGGUCGUGGAGCAGGAGACGGCCUCCGGGGGUCGUGGAGCAGGAGACGGCCUCCGGGGGUCGUGGAGCAGGAGACGGCCUCCAGGGGUCGUGGUGCAGGAGACGGCCUCCAGGGGUCGUGGUGCAGGAGACGGCCUCCAGGGGUCGUGGAGCGGGAGACGGCCUCCGGGGGUCGUAGAGCAGGAGACGGCCUCCAGGGGUCGUGGUGCAGGAGACGGCCUCCAGGGGUCGUGGAGCAGGAGACGGCCUCCGGGGGUCGUGGAGCAGGAGACGGCCUCCAGGGGUCGUGGUGCAGGAGACGGCCUCCAGGGGUCGUGGAGCAGGAGACGGCCUCCGGGGGUCGUGGUGCAGGAGACGGCCUCCAGGGGUCGUGGAGCAGGAGACGGCCUCCAGGGGUCGUGGAGCAGGAGACGGCCUCCAGGGGUCGUGGUGCAGGAGACGGCCUCCAGGGGUCGUGGUGCAGGAGACGGCCUCCAGGGGUCGUGGAGCGGGAGACGGCCUCCAGGGGUCGUGGAGCAGGAGACGGCCUCCAGGGGUCGUGGUGCAGGAGACGGCCUCCGGGGUCGUGGAGCGGGAGACGGCCUCCAGGGGUCGUGGAGCAGGAGACGGCCUCCAGGGGUCGUGGUGCAGGAGACGGCCUCCAGGGGUCGUGGUGCAGGAGACGGCCUCCAGGGGUCGUGGAGCGGGAGACGGCCUCCGGGGGUCGUAGAGCAGGAGACGGCCUCCAGGGGUCGUGGUGCAGGAGACGGCCUCCAGGGGUCGUGGAGCAGGAGACGGCCUCCGGGGGUCGUGGUGCAGGAGACGGCCUCCAGGGGUCGUGGAGCGGGAGACGGCCUCCGGGGGUCGUGGAGCAGGAGACGGCCUCCAGGGGUCGUGGAGCAGGAGACGGCCUCCGGGGGUCGUGGAGCGGGAGACGGCCUCCGGGGGUCGUAGAGCAGGAGACGGCCUCCAGGGGUCGUGGUGCAGGAGACGGCCUCCAGGGGUCGUGGAGCAGGAGACGGCCUCCUGGGGUCGUGGUGCAGGAGACGGCCUCCAGGGGUCGUGGAGCAGGAGACGGCCUCCGGGGGUCGUGGAGCAGGAGACGGCCUCCAGGGGUCGUGGGGCAGGAGACGGCCUCCGGGGGUCGUGGUGCAGGAGACGGCCUCCAGGGGUCGUGGAGCAGGAGACGGCCUCCGGGGGUCGUGGAGCAGGAGACGGCCUCCAGGGUCGUAGAGCAGGAGACGGCCUCCAGGGGUCGUGGUGCAGGAGACGGCCUCCAGGGGUCGUGGAGCGGGAGACGGCCUCCAGGGGUCGUGGAGCAGGAGACGGCCUCCAGGGGUCGUGGUGCAGGAGACGGCCUCCAGGGGUCGUGGUGCAGGAGACGGCCUCCAGGGGUCGUGGAGCGGGAGACGGCCUCCAGGGGUCGUGGAGCAGGAGACGGCCUCCAGGGGUCGUGGUGCAGGAGACGGCCUCCAGGGGUCGUGGAGCGGGAGACGGCCUCCAGGGGUCGUGGAGCGGGAGACGGCCUCCAGGGGUCGUGGUGCAGGAGACGGCCUCCAGGGGUCGUGGUGCAGGAGACGGCCUCCAGGGGUCGUGGAGCGGGAGACGGCCUCCAGGGGUCGUGGAGCAGGAGACGGCCUCCAGGGGUCGUGGUGCAGGAGACGGCCUCCAGGGGUCGUGGUGCAGGAGACGGCCUCCAGGGGUCGUGGAGCAGGAGACGGCCUCCGGGGGUCGUGGUGCAGGAGACGGCCUCCAGGGGGUCGUGGAGCAGGAGACGGCCUCCAGGGGUCGUGGAGCAGGAGACGGCCUCCAGGGGUCGUGGUGCAGGAGACGGCCUCCAGGGUCGUGGAGCGGGAGACGGCCUCCAGGGGUCGUGGAGCGGGAGACGGCCUCCAGGGGUCGUGGAGCAGGAGACGGUCUCCAGGGGUCGUGGAGCAGGAGACGGCCUCCAGGGGUCGUGGUGCAGGAGACGGCCUCCAGGGGUCGUGGUGCAGGAGACGGCCUCCGGGGGUCGUGGAGCAGGAGACGGCCUCCAGGGGGUCGUGGGGCAGGAGACGGCCUCCGGGGGUCGUGGUGCAGGAGACGGCCUCCAGGGGGUCGUGGAGCAGGAGACGGCCUCCGGGGGUCGUGGUGCAGGAGACGGCCUCCAGGGGGUCGUGGAGCAGGAGACGGCCUCCGGGGGUCGUGGUGCAGGAGACGGCCUCCAGGGGUCGUGGUGCAGGAGACGGCCUCCAGGGGUCGUGGAGCAGGAGACGGCCUCCAGGGGUCGUGGAGCAGGAGACGGCCUCCAGGGGUCGUGGAGCAGGAGACGGCCUCCAGGGGUCGUGGAGCAGGAGACGGCCUCCAGGGGUCGUGGUGCAGGAGACGGCCUCCAGGGGUCGUGGAGCGGGAGACGGCCUCCAGGGGUCGUGGAGCGGGAGACGGCCUCCAGGGGUCGUGGAGCAGGAGACGGUCUCCAGGGGUCGUGGAGCAGGAGACGGCUCCAGGGGUCGUGGUGCAGGAGACGGCCUCCAGGGGUCGUGGUGCAGGAGACGGCCUCCGGGGGUCGUGGAGCAGGAGACGGCCUCCAGGGGGUCGUGGAGCAGGAGACGGCCUCCAGGGGUCGUGGAGCAGGAGACGGCCUCCAGGGGUCGUAG